CUGGUGAUCUUGUUCAAGUGUUGCUAAGGGAGUCCCUCUUCCUUUUGAUGGUUUCGCUGGAAAUACAGCUCAUGCUAAUGGAGAAGCUGCAUUUGAAAUUCUCCCUUCUGCCAAUCCACAGUAUGAGACCAGGAAGUUCAAUAAGUCUACCAUGGAUAAAAGGAAAAGUAAUAAGAAAAGUAAUUCUGUCCAAAAUGAGAGUGGAUUUGCUGAUGGCUUUAUACCCACAAAGCUGGGAAGGAACAUGAGAGUCGAAUGUUGUUGCAAGUCUAUGGGAAAUACAAAGGAAGUUUCAUAUCAGAAAAGAGAUGGGACAAACAUUGAAAAGGGUGAAGAUGCUUCUGGUGCCACUAUUGCUGGGAGACAGGUAGGAGCUGAUAGGUUGCUGCUUUUGCAGGAUGACUACGACCAAAGGUUUGAGGUUCAAGUGGAGGAGAAUGACAUGGCACUCAGUUUCAAGCUACGAGUCCUCUGCUGUUGACACUUUUAAGCCAGGUUUUAACCUAACCGAAUCUCCACUAAAUGAAAAAUAAACUGGCUUGUCUUAUUGUACCUCUGAACGUUUCAUUUUAUUUUAAUAUCUUGACUUGGCAACUAAAGUUUAAUGGUCAAGAGCUGCAUAUUGGUC